UGGGUCACAGCUGCUGCUUCAUCUGUAGUGUUCAAAAGCCAGACUGAGCUGCUGCUCCCCAGCGGGUGUGUGCGGAGAGAGCCCUUCCCUAGCGCCCCUCUGUGCCCAGCCGGGGGGACUCUCUGCGGGGGCUGGAACAAGCCCUGGGCUCUGCCGACACCAGCUCCUGAGCCGCAGACUCCAGGAUUUCCCAUCACCAAGCCCGAUGUGAUCUCCUGGAUGGAGCAGAGGAAAGAGCUGUGGACCCCAGAUCUGCAGGACUCUGAGGAACUGGAACUCCUGAGUGAUGUCUGCACAGCAGGUGAUGGUACGGGGAGUGAGAGCGAGGAGGAGACCCCUCAGCAGGAAGAUCCCGAGCCAGGGAAACCACAUGGCGUGGUAUCAGGAAGAGCCGAAAGGGACGUUUCCCAGAGUCCUGAGCAGGGAAACCCUCGAGGGACAGGAAAGAGCAAAUCAUCCCACCCGGGCAGAGGUGUCAAUCAACUCAAAGAUGUCGGGGAGCGGCCCUACCGGUGUGAGGACUGCGGGAAAAGCUUCAGCAGCAGCUCAGCCCUCAUCAUCCACCGACGGAUUCACACUGGGGAGAGACCCUACAAGUGCCCCGAGUGUGGGAACAGCUUCAACCAGAACUCGGCGCUGAUCGCACACCAGCGCAUCCACACUGGCGAGAAGCCAUACGAGUGCCCCGACUGCGGGAAGCGCUUCAGCCACGGCUCCACCCUCAUCAAGCACCAGCGCACCCACACAGGCGAGAAGCCCUACCAGUGCGAGGAGUGUGGGAAGUGCUUCAGCAUCCGCUCGACCCACGUGCGGCACCAGAAGACCCACACAGGCGAGCGGCCCUAUGUCUGUGGAGAGUGCGGCAAGAGCUUCAGCGACAGCUCCUACUUUGUGCAGCACCAGCGGGUCCACAUGGGCGACAUGCCCUACGCCUGCCGGGACUGCGGGAAGAACUUCAUCUGGAGCUCAGCCCUGCUGCGGCACCGACGCAUCCACACUGGCGAGAAGCCCUACAUCUGUGGUGACUGUGGGAAGAGCUUCAGCGAGAACUCCACCCUGCUGCGGCACCGACGCAUUCACACUGGUGAGAAGCACUACAAGUGCACCCAGUGCGGGAAGAGCUUCAACGACAGCUCCUCCCUCAUGCGGCACCAGCGUGUCCACACUGGGGAGCGCCCCUACCAGUGCCCCCAGUGUAGCAAGAGCUUCGUGGACAGCUCCACCCUCAUCUGCCACCAGCGCACCCACACCGGCGAGCGCCCCUACACCUGCCCCGACUGUGGCAAGAGCUUCACCGAGAGCUCCACCCUCAUCACCCACCACCGCGUGCACACGGGAGAGCGGCCCUACACCUGUCCUGACUGCGGCAAGAGCUUCAGCCAGAGCUCCAACCUCGUCACCCACCAGCGCAUCCACACUGGCGAGCGCCCCUACGCCUGUGCCCAGUGUGGGAAGAGCUUCUACCGUAGCUCGGACCUCAUCCGACACCACAGGACCCAUACGGGGGAGAAGCAAAACCCCUAUAAGUGCCCGGACUGUGAGAAAAGCUUCAGCAAGAGCUCAGACCUCAAUCUUCACCAGAGAAUCCACUUGGGGCAGAAAUCCUACAUAUGCACUGACUGUGGGAAAAGCUUCCUUCAGUACCACCUCCUUACUUCCCAUCAGAGAACCCACACAGGAGAGAGACCCUACAAAUGCCCCGAGUGCGGGAAGAGCUUCAGUCAGAGCUCACACCUUGUCAUUCACCAGAGAACCCACACUGGUGAGAGACCCUACAAAUGCCUGACCUGCGAGAGAUGCUUUGGUGAUAGAUCGCAAUUUAAGACCCACCAGAGGAUCCACACGGGAGAGAAGCCCUACAAAUGCCCACAGUGCGAGAAAAGCUUCAGUCGGAACUCAUACCUAGUUAUACACCAGAGAACCCACACGGGAGAGCGACCCUACAAAUGCCCCGACUGUGGGAAAAGCUUCAGUGACAAGUCACAUUUUAAUACUCACCAGCGAAUCCACACAGGAGAGAUGCCCUACAAAUGUCCCGAGUGUGGGAAAAGCUUCAGGAGGCGCUCGUACCUGGUUACACACCACAGAACCCACACGGGAGAGAGACCUUAUAUAUGCCUGACCUGUGCAAAAACCUUCAGUGAUCGAUCUCAUUUUAGAAAACACCAGAGAACCCACACGGGAGAGAGGCCCUACAAAUGCCCUGAGUGCGGGAAAGGCUUCUGUCUGCGUUCAGACCUUAUUAUACACCAGAGAACCCACACAGGAGAGCGGCCCUAUAAGUGCAGCGAGUGUGGGAAAACCUUCACUCGGAGCACCUACCUUUUUUCACAUCAGAGAAUCCACACAGGGGAGAAACCACAGAAGUGUUCUAGCUAGGGAUGGGCCAAGUGAAUGACAUCUCUGCCAGUUCCCACAGUCUCAGCGAGUCAGGCCAGGCUGGAGUGGCCGUGUAAUGAGAAUAUGUAAUGGUUAUCAAAGUAGAGAAUGGAACCACCUUUCUGGGACAGAGUCGUGCAGAGCAGGAGGCUGAGAUAAGAUUUCCAUGUUGUGAUGGGAUUUGAUUAUUACAUCUCAGAAAGCACUGAAUGUCCUGUGAUCAGCUCCUACAUCUAAAUCAAUUACCUGCAAUUGGCCAGUUCCCCGUGUAGUGUGGGAGCACUCUUAGAUUCCUUGUUGACACUAAGCUCUCACAUAGCGGCCCCUGUGAGUAAUGCUUUCUCUCAUCUCUAGUUGACUAGGAGACUCUGUCCCAUCCUGGCGGACAAUAAGCUGGCCUCAAUUGUUAUUUACACCUUUGUCAUCUGUUGGCUGGACUACAACAGUGCUAUAGACCUGGGAAUGAAAGUGUCAGCACUUAGGAAAUUCCAGCUAGUACAGAACACUGCAGCACUUCUCUUGACAGAGGCUAUGCAUGGACAAAUCAGGCCUGCCCUCAGUCUCUACUCUGGCUUCCCAUAGAAUAUUGAAUCAAGUUCAGGUCUCGAUUCUUAUCUUCAAGUUGCUUCCUGGCCUGCUAGGGGCAAACCAGUGCCUCAGAUGCUGUAGGCAUGGGGCUGUUUUUUCAUAGGAUUUGCAUGAGGAGCUGAAUAGCUCAGUGACGAUCUAUUCAUGUGACAAUGGGGCGCCCCAUGAAAAACAUGCUUCACACAGGCAUUUGCAACUGACAUUUUAUUUACAACCCCCGUCCCCCCCUCACUUUUAUUUUAUUUUUGCAUCAGCAGUUUUGUUCCCAAAGCACCCUCUAACUUAGGUAUUUUACGAACAGUUUUUAUUUAUUUUUUUCCCCAACAGGGCUUUGUAAUUUGCUGAAGGAAGAGGAGGUUCAAGAUUCUGCAUUAAGCAUUUAUCUGAGCAUCUGAUUAUUUUAUCUAACACUUUAUCUAGGUCUCUAGCAUCUGUCACAUUGUUCACCCACUCCACUGCUUGAGCACAAUAUUCCUGGGUUAAACAGGCACAAAUAUGGCAACUUGUACAAUCAAAAGCGUAACAAUUUGAUCAGUUAUGGGUUAGCACAGUCUCCAUGCUAGAUUUCUUCCUCAGAGUUAGUAUGUGUCUAUAGAAUCAGCAUCCCCUUUUCUAUUGGUAUCCUAUGGACGUAGGGGUUCUGGGGGUGCUGCCACAACCCUUGGCUUGAAGUGGUUUCCAUUAUAUACAGGGUUUACAGUUUGGUUCAAUGGCUCUCAACACCCUCACUAUAAAAACUGUUCCUGCACUCCUGCCUACGGAGCAUCUGGUUUUGGGCCAGGGCAAAAGCACGCCAGGCCCAGACUGUUUGUUCCUUCUUGGCUUUCGGCGGACACAUUCUCCCAGGUCUCUAAAGAACCAUCUCUCAGCUGCUGAGAGAUUUAAAAUAAGAAAUGCAGAUAAGGGCAUCAUAUUAGUUUUUAUACUGUGCUUGAAAAUCUUUCCUUUGUGUGUCAAGAGACCGCUUCAGAUCAGGUGUUUUGGUUUUUUUAAAUUGCCUUGGGAUGGUCUCACUCCAUCGACCUUUCAGCUGGAAGCUGAACACGUGAGUCCACUGAGCUAGCAUGGCCAGGUCCUAUUACCAGCCCUCUCCAACCCACCCCCCUCUGUUUGAGUUGGGGUAUCCUGGUUGGGAUCUGGAGUGUUAAACCAAAGUUGGGUCAGCGGUCUGGCCUCAUGCUUCCCCUCUGCACUGUCUUGAUAACCUUCAUCAGCUGCUCUCCCCAUUGCCCUGCUUCCAUGACAUGCUUCCAGAGUGGCACGCACUGGUUGUGCCAAGGGUAUAUUGGUUCCUUCCAUUCCCACUGUUUCCUCUGUCUGGUGUCUCUUCAUGAGCUGUUUGAGUGCCAGUGCUGGCGAGACUUAAUUCAAGGGACUGUGAGGAGCCUCCAUCUUUAACUCUCAGACCUUUUUGAAUGGCGUGUUCUCUUUUAUAUGAUGGUUGCACAGUACUUUCUAAGCCAAUAGUUUUAGGGACAAUGCUUUAAAAGGCCUGGUCUCCUCCUAGGUAAGGAGCAACUUCUGAUCAGUGCAUAGUGGGAUGGAGACUGUUGUAAAAAGGGAAGGAGUGAGGGUGAAGACGUUUGAACACUUUGUUUUGUAUUUUAUAGUUUAUACUUGUUGAAAGGUUACAGUUCAUUAAAAACAAAAGGCAUACACACCCGUUCCACUGAAAAGGGCCCUAUGUUCUUGUAUGAGGGGGAAGGGUUUAUGGGAAGUGGUGUACCCUGAACCAGCUGGCUCCCGUUUGCUUCAAAUCUCCUCUUCAAUUACACCCUCUUCUACUUCAACUAUGCCUUUUAAUUCCUCCUUAGUUUCUCUGCAUUACAGCUGUACUCGCCAUAACACAGUUUUCUGUAAUUUCUCACUUCUAUCAUCUACUGUCAAGUAUUAUUAUAAUACAAGUAUUAUUUGACAUUAUAAAAUAUCUAGGGGCUUGUACACACUACCACUUCUGUCAGUGUAACUUAUGUCACUCAGGUGUGUGAAUAAGCCACCCCUCUGAGUGACCUAAGUUACACCAACCUAAGUGCCGAUGUCUACUACCUCUUGUGGAGGUGGUUUUAUUAUGCCAAUGGAAGAACUCUUGCCCAUCGACUUGAGAGCAUCUUUACCAGAUGCACUACAGCUGUGCAGCUAUAUCAGUGCAGCUAUGCCGCUCCAGCACUUCUAGUGUAAACUAGCCUGAGGUGACACAUUGUGUAAAAGUAAAAUGUAAAGUGUUGUAUAAGAACAGGGAAAACUUGACUCUUUAGGACUUCUUCAAUGUGAUGAUAAAAAAGGAAUUAUUGCUCUGCACAAAUACCAUCACAGAGUAUCACCAAGUAUGUAAUCCUCCCAAUGAUUUUGUUACUGUUAUUUUAUUUAUUUAUUGUUACUAUUUCUGAUAGGCCAGGACAAAGUGAUUGGAAAGAUUGGCAAAACAAUAGGGGGAAUAAAGCUUCAUGAAGCUGGGGAGAGCUUCUGUGUGACAAAUGCCUGUGCGAAAGCCUGACAAUUAACGAAGAAUGCAUACAGUAGUUUCACUAAAAAGUAUUUCAAACAAAUGUCAAAUUUCCCCUAAAAUCCAAGCCAGCUCUCUUAUCCCUAAACCCUGUUUUUUCAUGUUAAUCUUUUAAAAGUUAGGAUAGUUUGUAUUUUAAAACUUUAUUUGAUGUGAUUAAAAAUUGUGUGGUUAGCAGAAGAUGGUGGUUGUAGAUAAAAGAAAAGUCAGGUAAAGAAGAGGUGGGGUGUGGGGUGGGCAUGGAGGGGCAUGUUUCUUUAGAUGACAGUGCCAGGCUAGAGAUUUUAUCUCUGUCCCUGUCUUUUAAAAUUUCAUGUUUUGAUUGUAAAAUCCCCCUGUAAAUGUGGGUGGGUGGGUGGUUUUUUUUAAUACAGUAUCCCAGAAUUUAAAACUUUCUUCACAAUUCACAAAAUGAUGAGCCUAUUAAAAGUCCUGCGUCCUGUAUUUGUAAAGAGAUUUAGAGAAGUUUUUGUCUGAUGGGUGUUUCUUCAUACUGGGAAAUUCAUUUUGGCAAAAUUUUAAAAACAAGCUAAUGCUUUUUUUUUUUUUUUUCCUCCAAGUUGGGAUAGUCUCUCUUUUAAACAUUGUAUUGGCAUUUUAAUCUAAUAAGACACUUCUUUCGGUAAGACAAAAUCAUAAUGUUGUAUCAGAGGGGACUGGGGUGGUGCUAGAAGUUACAAUAUUAAAGGCUCUAUACAAUGUAAAGUUUUAUAUCUGCACAGGGCAAUUAAUUCUGUGGGGCCGCUUCAGUGUGGUGAAAAAUAAAAUGGGGUGGGUGAGUGGGUGGAAUAAUUGUUUUGCAGAUAGUUCUAUAAAAUAUUGGUACAAAUGUAAAGACGCUGAGAUAUUUUCAUUAUAUCACAGGGCUUUUUUUAUUAGUCCAAAGGGUCUGGUGUUGGCGUUUUGCAGCAGUGUCACAGCACAAUUCUCUCAAUGUCUUUGCUCCCCAUCUUGCUUUUAGGUGUUUAGUCACUGCUAUUCUGUGAGGCUCCGAUGUGUGUCUCAUGGCACUAACAAAAGUUGUUGUUGCUUUGGAGGCACUUCUCUAAAAUAUCACUAGACAUAUAAAGACCAGGAGAUUUUGAUUGUGGUACAGUGUUCUCCAUCUGAGUCAGUUAUGACCAGUCUUGCAGUUUUGCCCCUGUAUGUAUACCCAUUCCUCCCGAUGCCUUUGGAAGUAUUUAUGUAUUUAGUAUUUCUGCCCUUCUGUGAAAAAGUGACUAGAAAAAUAACAGUGGGAAUGUAAUGCCUGAUGAGGUUGGGGAGAGCUUAUGUAUGAUGUGCUUUAACAUGGGUAAAUGCAUGACAACUAACAAAGAAUGAAUACAAAGUUUUCACUGAAUAAAAAUUUCAAACAAUCAUGAAAAUGUCUCCUAAAAUCUUGCAUCCGAAGAAGUGGGUACUCACCCAUGAAAGCUCAUGCUGCAAAACGUCUGUUAGUCUAUAAGGUGCCACAUGAUUCUUUGCUGCUUUUACAGAUCCAGACUAACACAGCUAUCCCUCUGAUACUAAAAUCUUGGGCAACUCUUAUCCUCAUGCCCUGUUUUUUCUUGUUACCUUCAAAAGUCUGCGUAAGUGUGUGAAUGUGAAUGUGGAUGUUUUCGUCUGUUUCAUUUUAUAUAAUUUCUAAAUGUGCCAUGUAGGUUGUUAAUGCAAAAUAUGUACUGCUAAAGCAUUUAAAAUAAAUUGAAUCUUAAGGACA